AUGGACACGACUAUCUACAGUGGCGAUUGCCGACCAUCCGUCUUCAACAUCUCUUCUCAAGGAUUAUGGGAGAACCUAAAAUCGCCCGAUGUGAUUUUCGGGUACUCGCUGCCUCUCCUGGAGAUGCAAAUACUACUUAUAUUCUUCUUCAUUGUCAUGUCUCACAUGUUCCUUAGAUGCAUCGGCGUUUCCCAGAUCGCUUCAUAUAUGAUUGCUGGAAUUAUUUUAGGGCCUCAGCUUUUGGAUGUUCUAGAGAAAUCUUCAGGGAAACUAUCCGUGGAUCCUGCGUUGGAUGGAACCGCGAUGUUAAGAUGCAUCUCGGUGUUUGGAACCCUAAUGUUUACGUUUUUGAUGACUGUUAGAACCAGUCGGCGAGUAGCGUUCCACAGCGGAAAAUUACCUGUUGUGAUCGGGAUCGUGUCCUUCUUUGCUCCUCUGUUUGGUCUCGGUUUCCAAAAUGUCUUCUCUAAGAGCAUUGACCCUCACUACAUGCCGCUGGAUAAAGCCCUAGGUGAACGCACUACAAUAGUCAUAACCCAAUCUGCUAUACUUUUGCCUUCCACAACAUUUAUCUUGCUAGAGCUCAAUAUCCUCAACUCCGAGCUUGGUCGCCUCGCAUUGUCCGCCACUGUCAUUAAUGACAUCUUAGGGAUCUUUUCCAUGACCCUCGCCUCUAUUCAAGCAACCUACAAGCAUGUUUCACAUGCAACAGCUUACCGUGACAGUGUCGCGGUGUUCAUCUUUCUUCUCAUCGUCUUUCUUGUUUUUAAGCCGAUUGUGCAAUGGGUCAUUGACCGCACACCAGAAGACAAGCCUGUGAAGAAUGUAUACGUUCAUGCCGUGAUUCUGACAGCAUUUGCUUCUGCUGCUUAUUUUUCGUUCUUCAACAUGAAAUACAUCUUGGGACCAUUAAUGAUCGGCCUCAUCAUACCGGAAGGUCCACCGUUAGGAUCGGCCUUGGAGGCUAAGUACGAGAAGCUCACGAUGAACAUAUUCUUACCAAUCUCAAUCACAGUCAGCACGAUGAGAUGUGACGGAAUAAGGAUCUUAACAGAGUUCAACGACAUCUUCGUCAACGUCUUCCUAACAGUUUUAACACUUGUCCUAAAACUGGCCGCAUGUCUUGCUCCUUGCUUGUACUACAAGCUACCUCUCAAUGAAUCUAUUGCUGUUUCUCUCAUCUUAAGCUACAAAAGUUUCACUGAUUUCAUUCUCUACGAAGCUGUAUUGGAUGACACGACAGNCUUGCUCCAAUUGUUAUCCUCCCCAAACCUAGAUUUCCCCAUCGCGGUCACAGUUCUUCACCUCGUAAAGCUCGUUGGUCAGAUCAACCCAAUCAUAGUAUCACACAACAAGAAGUUGAAACGACUUAACAACAACUCGUACAUCCAUACCGCAAACCUUGCUUUCAGAAAGUUCAUGCUAGAAAGCUUAGAGUUUGUAACCGUGACAACGUUCACCGCCUUCUCUCAUGAGAACUUGAUGCAUGAAGACAUUUGCACACUCGCACUUGACCAGCAAACAUCGAUGAUUGUCCUACCGUCGGGGAGGAAAUGGUCCAUCGAUGGAAUAUUUCAGUCUGACGAUAAUUCCAUAAGAAAUUUAAACCAGCAAUUGCUAGACAGUGCGCCUUGUUCUAUAGGCAUACUAGUGGACCGCGGGCAGUUCUCACGAAAAAGUAUUGUAACAAGCAAAAAAAUGUACAACAUUGAUGUUGGUGUGGUCUUCAUUGGAGGCAAAGACGAUCGAGAGGCACUAUCACUGGUAAAAAAGAUGAAACAUAACCUUAGGGUCCGUGUAACCGUGACCCGACUCGUAUUCAACAAUGAAGUAGAGCCAAACUGGGAUAACGUUCUCGAUAAUGAAGGUUUAAAGGAUGUAAAGGUUCGAGAAGAAAUCAAUGAUAUUGUUUAUAUAGAAAGGGUUGUGACCAGUGGUGCAGAGGUAGUCACCGUUGUCCGAUCGCUGGCUGAAGAGUACGAUCUUAUGGUUGUUGGGAGAGAUCAUGAUAUGACAUCAAAAGAAUUGUCAGGACUAAUGGAGUGGGUCGAACUUCCUGAGUUAGGUGUCAUUGGGGAUUUGCUGGCAGCUAGAGAUCUCAACUCUAAUGUCUCGGUUUUAGUAGUUCAGCAACAACAACAACAAGUGUGACCACAUGUUUUGAUCGCAAGACUAUCCAUUUCCUUAGGACAGGAGUUUAGAGAAGAUUUAUGAAAAAUAACCAUUUAUUUGUUUGAUUAUAAUAUACAUUUAUAGAAA